AUGGUGGAGCAGCAGAGGCAGCAGCAGAGAACUGGGAAAAAGCAGUGGUUAGGGUCUUUUCAGGGGGAGUACCAGAGGAAGCUGUACAAGGAGCUUUUAGCCAACUACAACCGUCUGGAGAGGCCCGUGGUGAACGACUCGGCCCCCAUCCUGGUGGAGCUGGGGCUCACGCUGCUGCAGAUCAUAGAUGUGUACUGGACAGAUGCUUACUUGAGCUGGAACACAGAGCACUACCCUGGGGUCCAAAACCUGCGCUUUCCGUCUGAUCAAAUAUGGACUCCUGACAUCCUGCUCUACAACAGGUCAGAAUGA